AUGGCUGCCCGCAGUGGAAUUUCGCUGCACGCUAAUGCGAAGCAGGCUGCUGCCGCCCUCUACUCCGCAGCGCCUCGACCCCACGUACAAGACGGCGGCAGCUUCGCCAGCCGUCGUGGCCAUACUAGUCAACUAUCGAUAUCCGAUCCGAGUCACCAUGUCACCGAAGCGAUAGGAACAAUGUACGGCGAUGAAGAUGAUUCCAUGAGUGAUAACGGACGGCCUCUCAGUUUCAUCGGCGGCUCUGGGCACCACGAGCAGAUACAGACCAUGCCCCAAAAUAAAGACUUCCUGAGCGUGGACUCUCGGCGUCCACUGCAUCGCUCGACCACGGAUCAUCCUAUGGCAUCCUCGCCUCAGCAGCAUAGUGAACAUGGGAGUCUCAGGAAGGUACAGACGCUGCCGAUCCAAACAUCAGUACAGCCAAGGACUCGCAACGACGGCAGUCCUGUGUCGCCCCGGUCUCCAACGAUAUCGCUGCGCGAAGUGCAAGCCGAUCCAGCUACUUCGCAGUUCCAGCUGACGAACAUUGACAAUCCCAAUGACAUUGCGCAAGAACUGAGCAAUUUACAGGCGCUGCGCCGGAUGUCAAUGGACGUAGGGAACAUGAAGGAUCCCGACAUGCCUCCGAUGGCAUUAUCGAAGAUGCCGGCGAUAGCUCCCAGCGGGGAUGACGAUGAGGCCGAUCCUUCGCGACUGUUGUGGGUACCAGCGCGAGUGCACCCCGAACUGGCGCCCUCGGAAUUUCAAUCUUUCUUAGAGACCAGAGUCAAAUCCAUUCGAAGGACAUCUCGGGACGGCUUAUCUCCUCCAGACGGCGACGUCAGCCGGAGCAACUCCACCUUGUCCUUGACUCCUGGUGGCGGCUCGUUAAGGAGACAGAAGUCCAUGCUCUCUAGGCAAGUCGAUAACUCCCCCGACACAAGCUACGUAGACGGCGCCGAACGUCUAGAAAGGCAAAGAUCCAAGGGACAGCACUCGCGAGAAUUCAGCAUCGAAGAUCUGGUCAAGGACCCAAGCAAGACCGUACAACAACUGGCGCAGGAAACACAGCAGAUACCGGAAGGAACGGAGGUCAACUCGGAAGAUAUGCCGAUUCUGCCUAUGGCGCCCGGCACAGGGUUGAGGCGAUCAACACGUACGACCUACCGGAAAGGGGGCAGUUUGCGUUCUGGCGACAGGGCAUCCAGGCGAACAAUCCAUCGCCCGCAGGAUAGCGAAGCAGCGGAAGCAAUACCUCCAGUCCCAGAAGCGCCCCCAGGCCACACUCUGACCCGAGUGCAGUCGGAGCCUGUGUCGGAUAGCUUCUCCAAGCCAGGGCGGGCAGGUCGCAGGCCGCAAGGAUUCAUCCAGGAUUCCCCCGUAUCUCUCGCUGCACUCGAAAGCUCAAGUCAGGCGGCACCAGCGCAGGACACGCCAACCAUUGUGAUUCCCCGAGAGUACCAAGAGCAGCUGCCAGUUCGUACUGCGGGAAACACGCAACCAAAAGACCAGCAGCCAAGCGAAAAGAAAGAUGAACCCUCAUACCAGGAGAAGCCACACUCCCAGGAGCCUUGUAUUGCAGAGCCGCCACCAAAAUCAGCCCGUCGAAAGGCCAGCAAACCCGCGAUCAACCAGCCAACGCCACCUCAGUCAUCUAGCCAGAAGAAUGCGCAGCAACCAACCCCACCAGUACCGCAAAAUCUUAACGAUCAGCUGGGCUCAAGCUCGGCAAUGCACCAUGCCGGGGGCUCAUCACGGACUGACAACCUGACCAUGAUCCCAACCAUAGAGGACGAGAGAAAAACAGAAAAGAAGUCAAAGAAAGACCGCGAUGAUGACAGUUCUUCCACCAAAUCCACCAGCAGUGCGUGGAAAUGGUUCAAGAGCAGCGGCGAUGACAAGAAGAAGGACGAAAGCAAGAGAGCCAAGGCGAAGGCACUUGUCGAGAAGGCUCAGGAUAAUGUCAGGUUGGAUGUUAUACAAAAUUCGAUCGAGAAGAAUGGGCCCAAGAGUAGCCGCGAAAGCUUUGUGCUCGAUCGAGAUGCCGUUGAUUCGAAACUUCAAGAGGAGCGCAAGAAGGAGAGCAACCGCCGCAGCGACUCCAAGAAGGACAAGGAUGGCAGCAUAUUUUCUUCCAUUUUUGGAUCGAAGAAGAGGGAUGACAAGGACAGGCACAGCAAAAAGAGUCAGCAUUUGCGCGUGCCAUCGGAGCAACCGAUUUUGAAACAAAUGGAGCCAGACGUGGACUACCACUGGACUAGGUUUCCUCUGUUAGAGGAACGAGCCAUCUACCGCAUGGCGCACAUCAAACUGGCGAACCCCCGUCGGCCUCUUCUCAGCCAGGUACUUCUCAGCAACUUUAUGUACAGCUACUUGGCUAUAGUGCAGGCUAUGCACCCGAACAUGAACGUCCCCAUGUCACCGCAGCAGAAACGCCAAGAGGAAGAGGCUCGCCGCAAGCGGGAGGAAGAGGAGUAUCUUGCUCAACAACAGAUGAUGCAGGAGAACGGAGAAGAACCUCUCGAUCACUACGACUUCGACUAUCACCGAGGCCACGCGCAAUAUGCGGACGCAAAUGACGGCAAUGGUCAUGGGCAUGGCUCAGUCGAGUAUGUCGACGAGUCGCAAAUCUAUGAAGAUGAUCAUGGCAAUGGCGGGCAUCACCAGCAGCAACAUCAAGACUAUGGGUACGAGCAGGAUUCUUACGAUCACUUUCAAUACCGCGACAACAACGAUCAACGGCACGAUGACGGGCGGCACAACAUGUGGUGA